GAUAAACAAAGUGAGAGCGAUAGAGAGAGGGACAACUGCAGCUGAUUGAUAGCCAAUUAGUGCAAGUGCGAGUGGAAGCUGCAACUGCAGUAAUAACAACAAGACAACAUCAAUUGCAACUGUUUGUGCAUUAAUAAGCGACAUCCCAUCGGCCUGACUCCAAGCCAAAGUGUCAUUAACCUAAUUGGCGCUGAAAAAAAGAGAAACAGAAAUAAAAGAAAACGUAUAAAAGUGCUGAGCAGGGACGAACAACCUCAGCCAUAAAUAAAACGCAAAUGCAAGGCAAGAAGUGCAACGUGUUGCAAUAAAAACAAUUUACAUAAAACAGGAUCAUAUAUUCAAAGUGGCGUCAACUUUCCUUAUUUUUGCUAGAAAGUUUUGAGGAAAAUGUAAGUGGCAACCUCACGGCACAGAGCACUCGAGUUGACUAAAAAAGGAGUCGAGUUGUUAAAGCAACAGUAGGCGAGAAGAGUUUUGUGAGUCGACGCGACAUCGCGCAGCUUUGACUUUUGACCACAACAAACGCAGUCACGCAAGGCAACCGCUGGCUGAGAUUGGCUAUAGAGUUGGCAAUACGAGUAGAGAGUUGGAUUUAAGAGAGAGAGCGGACAAUGUCCAACGAAGAGAACGACUACUUGGACGGCAUGAGUGCCCAUCGCAAUGGCAACGUUGAUGGCGAUGGCGACGGCGAUGGCAAUGGCGGCGAUGGCAAAGGCGGCAGCGGUGGCGGCGAUGACGACGACGGCGGCGUCGCAGCUGCUAAUGACGAGUCGGCCGUGCACCACGGUGGCAAAACAAUGCCACAAAUUAGUUCGAACUCACAACUCGAGGGAAACGUUUCGCCGACAUUCACUCAGACGACUGGCCAAUUCGAUGAUAACGAUAACCAACUGAAUCAUCAUAACGCAUCGCAAUUGGGUCACAAUAAUCAUCAUCCGACUAACGAUAGCAACCGCAAUAGCCCAACCAAGAGUCCCACAUCACGUGGCAACUCUAGCUUCCAGAUACAGCCUCAGAGUGCUCACUAUGACGACGAUGAUGAUGACUUAGCAGCCGGCGACUUGCACUCGUCUACAACUCCAGGAGGUGGGGGAGGAGCAGGAGCAGCUGCUGGCCGUGCUGGAGCCGGCGGUGGCUCCAGUCAAUUGCCGGACUAUUGGCAACAGCGCAACGGCGGCACUGCUGGUCACUCGGCUACUGCUGCAGGUGGCGGUGGCAUCCAGAGCGGACAUCAGAGUCGCGCGAUUAGUCCCAGCUAUCUGGAUAACAUGAGCGAGACAUCGGAGCAGCCACCGGUUGUCCCCCUCGUACGUUCCAAGUCGCGUCCCGAGAUCUCCAGUGCGGCGGCUUCACGCUACUCGAAUCUCUCGUAUUGGAAGGCACGCCGUGUGGUCUUCUAUCGCAAUGGUGAUCCCUUCUUUCCGGGCGUCGAGCUGCGCUAUCGUCCCGGUCGGGAUGUCACCUCUCUCGAUAAUCUGCUGGACAAGAUCUCGCCCAAAAUGGAUCUGCCACGUGGGGCACGCUACGUUUUCUCCAUGGACGGCGAUCGCAAGUAUCAUCUGGAGGAGCUCGAGGAUGGCGCCUUCUAUGUGGUAUCCUCAUUCAAGGCGUUCAAGCCUGCCAGCUACGGUAAAAAGAACGGCAUGUGGUACGCUUCGCCCGGAAAUCAGGGCUGGGGCUCGAAGCCCGCCAGCCGAAAGCCUUCAAUAAUGGAAGCGGAUUUGGGCACAUUAUCGACCACAUCGGGCUCGAUAAAACGCAGCGCCGGUCGGGUGAUACGCAUCAUCAAUAAUUUGGAUCAUUCGGUGCAGUGUCGCGUUUUGCUAAACCUACGCACUUCGCAGCCGUUUGAGGAAGUGCUCGAGGAUUUGGGUCAAGUACUAAAAAUUAAUGGCGCCAAAAAAAUGUACACGGGCACCGGCCAGGAGGUGCGCAGCUUUUCGCAGCUGCGAAACGAGUUUGCCGAUGUGGACACAUUCUAUUUGGCCACGGGCACGGCCUUGAUUGCCGGCUCGCCAAUACGUCGCUCUCGCUCGCGUCCCUCGGUGGUGGCCGCCGCACCCAUACUGCCCACGGAGGAGCUGCCGAAGGUUCCGCUGCGUGGCACACGACCCCGGAGCAAGAGUCGACCACGCAUCCUGUAUGCGCCAGAGAGUGAGAUACUGCGACCCAACGGGGAGUACACCAUGCUGGACAUCAUGAAGGAGGAGCCCACUAAGGUGACAAUUCGUGGUCUGCGGCGCACCUUUUAUCCCCCAGUUCAUCAUGCACCGGCAGACAAUUCGCCGCCAGAUAAAAAACUGCAGCUCCAGUGGGUUCACGGUUAUCGAGGCAUCGAUGCACGCCGCAACUUGUGGGUGCUGCCAACAGGAGAGCUGCUCUACUAUGUGGCUGCUGUGGCCGUUUUGUUUGAUCGCGAUGAGGAUGCACAGCGUCAUUACAUCGGACACACCGAGGACAUCAUGUGCAUGGAUGUACAUCCCUCACGUGAGUUGGUAGCUUCGGGACAAAAGGCAGGACGCGAUCGCAAGUCGCAGGCGCAUGUGCGCAUCUGGAGCACAGAAUCCUUGCAGACACUCUAUGUCUUUGGCAUGGGCGAGCUGGACACUGGUGUAACAGCGGUGGCUUUCUCUCAACUGAACGGCGGCAGUUACAUUCUGGCCGUGGACAGUGGACGCGAGAGCAUUUUGUCCGUUUGGCAGUGGCAAUGGGGUCACCUGCUCGGCAAGGUUGCCACUCUGCAAGAGGGACUCUCGGGCGCCGCCUUUCAUCCGCUCGACGAUAAUCUCAUCAUCACCCAUGGACGUGGUCAUUUGGCGUUCUGGCAUCGCCGCAAGGAUGGCUUCUUUGAACGCACGGACAUUGUAAAGCAGCCAUCGCGUUCGCACAUCACCAGUGUGCAGUUUGAACCGGAUGGCGAUGUGAUUACUGCCGACUCCGACGGCUUCAUUACCAUCUACUCGGUGGACUCGGAUGGCGCGUAUUUCGUGCGCACCGAAUUCGAGGCUCACAACAAAGGCAUCGGUUGCCUCAUCAUGCUGGGCGAAGGCACACUAUUGUCCGGUGGCGAGAAGGAUCGCAAGAUUGCUGCCUGGGACUCGCUGCAGAACUACAAGAAAAUCGCCGACACAAAGCUACCCGAGGCUGCUGGCGGCGUGAGGACCAUCUAUCCACAGCGACCAGGUCGCAACGAUGGCAACAUCUAUGUGGGCACGACGAGGAACAACAUUUUGGAGGGCUCGUUGCAGCGUCGCUUCACACAAGUAGUCUUCGGCCAUGGGAGGCAGCUGUGGGGCCUGGCCGCCCAUCCCGAGGACGAGCUUUAUGCGACAGCCGGCCACGAUAAGCACGUGGCCCUGUGGCGCAAGAACAAACUCAUUUGGACCAUUCAAACUGGCUACGAGUGCGUGGCAUUGGCCUUCCAUCCGUUUGGCACUGCGCUCGCUGCUGGCAGCACAGAGGGCCACUUGCUGGUCAUCAAUUGCGACAACGGUUCGGUGAUGUUGACACUGCGUGUUUGUGGCUCACCCUUGAACUGUGUGUCUUACAAUCAGGUUGGGGACAUGAUUGCCAUGGGAUCACAGAACGGUAGCAUCUAUUUGUUCCGCGUGUCGCGUGAUGGCUUCUCCUACAAGAAGGUGAACAAGAUACGCGGCUCGCAGCCGCUCACACAUUUGGAUUGGAGCAUGGACGGCAACUUUGUGCAGACCGUGACCAUUGAUUUUGAUUUGCUGUUCUGGGAUGCCAAGUCGCUGUCGCCGGAACGAAGUCCCAUUGCCAUGAAGGACGUCAAGUGGUUGACCAGCAACUGCACUGUGGGCUUCCUGGUGGCUGGACAGUGGAGCAAUCGCUACUACAGCAGCGCCAACACCAUCAUCGCCACCUGCAGUCGAUCGGCUGCUCACGACAUGCUCGCAUCUGGCGAUGCCGAGGGUUAUCUGCGUUUAUACAGAUAUCCUUGCAUCUCGCCGCGAGCCGAAUUCCACGAAUCCAAGGUCUACUCCGGGAUGCUGGCUUGCGCCCGCUUCCUAUGCGGAGAUCAUACGCUCAUCACAGUGGGUGGCACAGAUGCUUCGCUGAUGGUUUGGGACAUUGUUGAGGAAUAGCUGAAAUGGCCACCGUGGCGCUCCGCUGCACCUUACGAAUCGGGCUAUCAGGACUACUGGCAUCGACGCGUCUCGCAGGUAUCCUCGACGGUCCUGGACAGCGAUUCCGUCGAUUAUCAGUAGACAGUCCUGUGAUUUCCCCUUUUGGUUCGUUCUGCUUUUUAGCAGAAGUGCAGAUUCGCUUGCAUUUUUUACAACGAUAACAAUUGGCCAGCAUUCCAUUGGUUUAAUACUUAUUAUAUUAGAUAAAUGCACAAUUAACGAAACUUCACUAACUUUAUAUGAAAAGUAAAAAUUAUCCGUUUUACUGGCAAAAAAUUAACUUAAAAUUCACAAGCUACGAAAUGAAGAAAUGCAAAACAAGUAUGCACAUACUAUCAGAAUAUAUAUUUAUGUAUAAAUAUAUAAUAAUAGUAUGUGUCUCUUCCGUUACCCCCCAAAAACUUGGCUUCCAUUCGAAAAUCUUCCGUUGAAAAUUGCGUCUUGCCGUUUACUUUUGUUAUGAUAUAAUAUGUAUGUUAUGUUUUAUUAACAACUACUGACAGACUUAAAUGCCACUGGUGGAUACUGUAACUAUACAAUGUGCAUGCAUUCACAGAACUAAAGCUCCCAUUCCAACUACUAUACAAACUACUUGCAUACCCUACAGAAACAAAUUGCAUGAUUACAUUGAUACUCUUACAUCAUUUCAUUGUUGUACUCGUAAUUUUUUAACAAACGCGGUAAUAGACAGUAAUCGUAACUCGGACCCCCACAAAACGACACAUGAAUAACGAAAACAAACUUCAAGUGCACUUAAACAUAUAUUGAAUAUUACAUAUACAUAAAUUAUAUUCAAUGUAUAUUGUUAAUGAAACUUUUAAUAUAAGCGUUGAAAUAA